UGGGAAAAGCCUCGAUAGCCUCAUGUCACGUGCCGCAGAAAAAACCGAUGAUGCUACUCUUCUCACAAACCACAAAUCUCUCUCUCUCUCUGUACCUUCCACCCUUCGCUUGAGCUUUAACAAUGGCGGAACACGACCCCAUCACUCCUCCAUUACCCAAACACCGCCUCUCUCAUCUCUCCGACGAGCCUCAACUUAUUAUACCCGUGGACGACGAUUGGGCUUCCGAAGAACCCGCAAAUCGAAUUCACAACUACGAAACCGAUCCAAUUAACAAUACCCAUUCACUGAUUGAGAACCCAUUUGAGUUUCUCGGUGCCGGACCUCUCUCCGUGCCUUCCUCGACCACUAUGGAUCCCUUUCGCAACCACACGCCGCAAAUUGAAGGGGUUUAUGAGUGGUUGAAGAUCCUGAUUUGUGUGCCUAUUGCGAUUGUUCGGCUCGUGUUGUUUGGUUUGUCUUUGUUGAUUGGGUAUGUGGCUACAAAGUUUGCUCUCCAUGGUUGGAAGGAUAAGCAGAACCCAAUGCCCAAAUGGAGGUGUAGAGCAAUGUGGGUUACUCGAAUUUGUGCUCGGUGUGUCCUCUUUUCUUUUGGCUACCAUUGGAUAAAACAUAGAGGAAGACCUGCUCCAAGGGAGACUGCUCCUAUAGUUGUAUCCAAUCAUGUAUCAUAUAUUGAUCCUAUUUUCUUUUUCUACGAAUUAUUUCCCACCAUUGUUGCUUCCGAGUCCCAUGAUUCCAUACCUUUUGUUGGAACCAUUAUCAGAGCAAUGCAGGUUGUAUAUGUCAAUAGGUCCUCACCAUCAUCAAGGAAGCAUGCUGUCAAUGAAAUAAAGACUAGUCAUGCUAUAGCUACCGCUCUUAAUGUUGUACAAACAUCUCAUUCCUAUGGGGACAUCAUGCUGUUUGCAAAAGCUUCCAAGUCCAAACAGGAAAAUCCCACACUAUAUACGGUUGAAAUGGCAAGGGUGGAAUCAGCAUUCCAUUUAAGCAGUUCAGAAGCUGUGGACUUUCUGGAUACAUUUCUAUCCAUGAACCCAGAUUCCAGCGGAGAGGUUAAAAUCCAUGAUUUCUUCAGGGUUCUGAGAUUGAAGGCUUGUAAUCUUUCUGAAAAGGUUUGUUACCAAAUAUUUCGAGUCCUUGAUGUGGAGCAAAAGGGUAAAAUAACAUUCAAGCAGUUUCUAUAUGGGUCAGCUCAUGUCCUAAAGCAACCAUUAUUCAGACAAGCCUGUGAAUUAGCCUUCGUUGAGUGUUACACUGGUGGAAACCAUUACAUUACCGAGCAAGAAUUGGGAGAUUCCAUUAGGCAGGCUAUUCCAAACAUGGAUGAGUUUGAGAUCAACAAGGAUGAUUUUAUUGCCUGUUUAAGGAGAAAUCCAUUGCUCGUAGCACUUUUCUCUCCCCAGUUAAUGCACAAGAACUUGUCUGGAGUCUAUGAUACAUAGGAGGUUAAAGGAGGUGGUGUGAUGGAUGAUGGGUCAAUUUUUGUUGUAGGUUUGGCACUGUGAGACAUUUUAGCUCUUUCACAGAGGGCUUAAGUGAGGGACAAGUUAUUUGCAUAUAAUUCUUCCGUCUUUUGAAAAUAGUCACUUUAACUUCUUGUGGUUUGUUGAAUAAAAUAUACUGUUUUCAUCAAAAUUAACAGCGUAUUACACG